AUGAGGGCGGCCGCCGCCUACGUCCUGCUUCUUGCCCACCUCAUACAGGCGACAACCGGUAGCGGAUUCUUCGAGGUGCAGAUCCUCUCGCUGACGAACAACCGGGGCACCCUAGUGGACGGGCGAUGCUGCGGCGGGGGCAGGAGCAUAUCCGGUGGCAGUCAACUGCUGUUGCUACAGCAGCACCACCACCACCACCCGCAGCAGCAGCAACAGCACCAUCAGCCCUGCUCGACCCCCUGCACCACCGCCUUCUGGCUCUGCCUCAAGGAGUACCAGUCCAACGUCACGGCCAUCGGCUCGUGCAGCUUUGGCAACGUAUCUAGUCACGCCCUCGGCCAGAACACAUUCACCCUCACCGAGCCCGUCACCCUACAGCUACACUUUACGUUCAGAUGGACGGCGACAACCGGUAGCGGAUUCUUCGAGGUGCAGAUCCUCUCGCUGACGAACAACCGGGGCACCCUAGUGGACGGGCGAUGCUGCGGCGGGGGCAGGAGCAUAUCCGGUGGCAGUCAACUGCUGUUGCUACAGCAGCACCACCACCACCACCCGCAGCAGCAGCAACAGCACCAUCAGCCCUGCUCGACCCCCUGCACCACCGCCUUCUGGCUCUGCCUCAAGGAGUACCAGUCCAACGUCACGGCCAUCGGCUCGUGCAGCUUUGGCAACGUAUCUAGUCACGCCCUCGGCCAGAACACAUUCACCCUCACCGAGCCCGUCACCCUACAGCUACACUUUACGUUCAGAUGGACGAGACAAUUCACGCUGAUACUGCAAGCAAGGGACGAAGGGAGCGGCGGGGUGAUCGAGGAGGCGAGCUACAGCGGCAUCGUCCUGCCGGGCUCGACCUGGCACACGCUCAACCACCAGGGCAGAAACGCCCAUCUGGCCUACAGGGUGCGGGUCCAGUGCGCCGAGCACUACUACAACGCGACGUGCACAAAGUUUUGUAGGCCCCGCAACGAUAUAUUCGGCCACUACACCUGCGACGAGAACGGGGACAAGGUGUGCAUUCAGGGCUGGAAGGGCGCGGACUGCGAGACUGCCGUGUGCAAGGAGGGGUGUCACCCGGUGCACGGCCACUGCAACGUGUCGGGGGAGUGCAAGUGCCGGCACGGCUGGCGGGGCGAGCUCUGCGACCAGUGCACCCCGUACCCGGGCUGCAAGCACGGCUACUGCAACGGCUCGAGCUGGCAGUGCAUCUGCGACACCAACUGGGGCGGCAUCCUCUGCGAUCAGGACCUCAACUACUGCGGGACCCACGAGCCCUGCCAGAACGGCGGCACCUGCGAGAACACGGCCCCUGACCAGUACCGCUGCACCUGUCCCGAGGGCUUUUCCGGACCCACGUGCGAGAAGGUCGACAACCCGUGCGCCUCGAACCCCUGCCAAAACGGGGCCACUUGCGCCGAGGACGGCGAGAACGCGGUCUGUAAUUGCACGGAGGGCUUCGCGGGCCCGUAUUGCGCCACCGACAUCGACGAGUGCGCCUCGCAGCCCUGCCUGAACGGCGGGACCUGCAUCGACGGGAGGAACUCGUUCACCUGCCACUGUCCGCCCGCUUGGCAGGGCACCGCGUGCCAGUUCGACGUCGACGAGUGCGCCCUCAAGGAGUCGCCCUGCAAGAACUCCGUCACCUGUUACAACCACGCCGGCGACUACACGUGCAAGUGCCGGAGCGGCUUCACGGGGAAAAACUGUACGCGUAACAUCGACGAUUGCCGGGGCCAGUGCCAGCACGACGCGCUCUGCAUCGACCUGGUCGACGACUACCACUGCUCGUGCACGCCCGGCUACUCGGGCAAGGACUGCGAGACCGACGUCGACGAGUGCGCGUCGAAGCCGUGCCAGAACGGGGGCGAGUGCCGGGACCUCGUCAACGCGUACGAGUGCGUCUGCCCGGUGGGGUACACGGGCGGCCAGUGCGAGAUCGACCGGGACCAUUGCAGCCCGAACCCCUGCCGCAACGGGGCCCAGUGCUUCAACACCCAGACGGACUACUACUGCCACUGCCCGGUGCGCUGGCAGGGCAAGAAUUGCUCCGAGCCGUCCUCGGCGGCGCACAACUCGCUCCUGCUCGGUGGCCUGCUCGCGGACGACGACAACGAGCUCGGCUGCGGUAGCGAGGGCACGCCUUGCGCCGGCAGGGGUAGGUGCGCCAACGCCAAGUGCCUCUGCGAUCCCGGGUACACGGGCGUGCACUGCCAGGAGAACAUCAACGACUGUAGGGGCGAGCCGUGCCUCAACGGGGGCACCUGCGUCGACCUCGUCAACUCGUUCCAGUGCAUCUGCAGGGAGGGCUGGACCGGAGACCUCUGCGACCAAGACGUGGACGAGUGCACCAACAACCCGUGUCGCAACAACGGCACGUGCGUCGACGGUGUGGCUGAUUUCACGUGCAUCUGCAAAAACGGCUGGAAGGGCAAGACCUGCGCCCUGCGCGGGGGCCACUGCGAGCCGGGAACCUGCCGACACGGUGGCACCUGCCAGGACCGAGGGGACGGCUUCACCUGCCACUGCCCGGCCGGCUGGGAGGGAGCCGCGUGCCACAUAGUGUCCCCCGCUUGCGCCUCCAGUCCCUGCGAGAACGGCGCGACUUGCGUCAACAGCGCCGACGGUGGCUACCGGUGCAUCUGCCGCGAGGGCUUCGAGGGUUCCGACUGCCGGCGCGACGUCGACGACUGCCAGCCCCUGCCCUGUCUGAACGGCGGCCGCUGCGUCGACGGCGUCAACUGGUUCAGGUGCGAGUGCGCCCCGGGAUUCACCGGCCCCGACUGUCGCAUCAACGUCAACGAGUGCGCGAGCAACCCCUGCGCCCACGGGGCGACCUGCAUCGACGGCAUAGCCAGCUACUCGUGCGCCUGCCCGGCGGGCCGCACGGGCACCCACUGCGAGAUCCCGGCCACGGGACCGGGUGGCUGCCUCGCGGCCACGUGGGACGACGACUGCAACGCAUGCGAGUGCCGGACGGGCAAGAGGAGCCAGUGCAGCAACGUAUGGUGCGGCCCUGGUAAUUGCCUCAACGGGACGGGCGCGUGUCUCGCCCACGAGGUCUGCGUUCCCUCGCCCGGCGAGUCCUGCCUCGUGCCGCCGUGUCCGGCCUGGGGCGAGUGCCGGCCGGUCGAGGCGGGCAGGCGUGUCGGUCCACCGGCCCUCCCUGCCCCGCCGUCCUGCUGGCCCGGCCAGGCGACGACCGGGGCCACCUGCGCCCGGCUGAGCAUACUCCUGAGACGCGAGUCCCUGGCGACGGGCACCUCGGUGGAGCUGCUCUGUAGGCGCCUGAGGAGACUGCUGGCGGAUCCGCGUCGUCCUCAGUCGGUCGUCUUGCUCUGCGACCUCAAGACCGGGGACAACGACACGAUCGAGGUGACGAUAUUCUCGGAGGCCGCGGCGGCGGCGGCGCGGGACUUGGGGGAGGCCCUCAGUCGGCCGAUCGGCAGGCCGCUCGCCUUGGCUUCGGUCCUCGAAGUCAAGGUCGAGACGGCCCUGCUGAGCAACCCAGAGAGCAUAGGGACGGCAGGGUCCAGCGGCGACGGGAGUUACCUGGCCGUCCUAGCCGGGGUCGUCGUCACGGUGCUCAUGAUGUUGGCGCUGCUCUUUAGCUUCUGGUACGUGCGGGCGGCGCGCCAGCAGCAGUCCAGCGGGUUGACGGCGACGACGAGCAGCGAGACGUCGCUGCACAGGCACCGGAGUGAUCUCGACGAAAAGUCAAAUAAUCUGCAGAACGAGGAGAACCUGCGCCGUUACGCGAAUCCGCUGAAAGAGCCGGCGGUGGACGUCGAGCCGAGGGUCUCGGUCGUGCGGCCGCUCUCGGGGGGUGCGGUCCUCGGAGGGGGCCUCAUCGGGCCCAACGAGGAGAGUCUCGAGAUGGUCAGCGAGGAAGGUAGGCACAAGUUGCCACCGCUGUACAAGCCGCCCUGCGCCGAGAUGCGCAACAACACGGCCAGCUUCAGCUACGAGGAGGUGCCCCACAAGCCCUACAGCAAGCCCAGACUGCCCGAGCCCAUCUGCACCGGCUACAACCACCAGCAGCAACAGUUGCCACCCUGCCCGACGACAAAUCCUCACCAGCAGAUGCUCACGGUUCACGUUUGA